AUGAGGCAGACGCCCUACGAAAGAAAACUCACCGGCUUCUCUCCAGGAGAUACAAAGAUCCUUCUUGGUCAGAGUGACUUUCACGAAACUCUCAAGAGGCCAGCUGUUCGAAAGUUCGCAUCAAUCCGUCAGCCUGCUGCCGAAGCGGAACAGCAGCCGGAGCGCUCUGGCAGUUCAGGGCAUGUGAACAAGACGUGGGACAAAAUACGUAGCUGGAGUAAAAAUACGUUCAGCAGGGGCAAAAGCGGGGAAUGCAGCGCCACAGAUGGAGAGAAGAGUAGGGCUGGCGGAUGCGAGCCAGAUCAAAAUGGACAAGGAUCCGAACAAGGCAGGGGCACUGGCAGUCAAGAGCAACUGACUGACUUCCGUGUUCUACAUUGCAAGCGAGCCAAGGCUGCGCAUUCCGGCUAG